AUAUAUUCGGUCAUCUGUGACUUGUUGUUUGUGGGCUGCUGCUAAGAAAACAAUUUUUACACGUAAAUAAAUCUAAUUGCCUUAAUUAAUCGGCCAGAGCUGAACAAAGAACUCUGACGCUACUGUAACAAAAACUGAGAGUGAAUCCGAGAUCUGGGACAUCCGUCAAGGCAAAAAGAAAAACAAUGCGACGCAAUGCGCGCCCGCAACAUCACAACCUGGAGGACGUGGACCCCGACGACGUGGAAGACAUCUUCGCCCGUCCGGCCUACGACGAUGAUGAGUUCGAGGACCUGCUUCCGCUGGCCAGAAGACCUAAUGGCCAUGCCCGCCUGGGACGCUACGAGAACACGCUGGAGGUGAAGGUCCAGGAGGGCGACACUCUUCAGGCACUGGCGCUGCGUUUCCAUUCCUCCGUGGCGGACAUUAAGCGUUUGAACAAGAUCGACCGCGAGAAUGAGAUCCACGCGCAUCGCGUAAUCCGCAUCCCAGUCACCGUGCACAACGUCCUGCUGGGCAACGGGGGACUCGAAGCCCUGCCCGCAGUCCACCGAAGCGGAAACAACAGUCCCAGGCAUAACUUGGAGCCUGAACCAGCUCCCGAACGCAAUCCGCUCGAGGAUGCGCGCCAAAUGCUGGAUGAGCGACUCCUGGUUGCGGCGGUAAAUGCUUCUGGCGCUCUGGAUCCCGACCAGCCGUCGACGAGCAGAGCGGCUGGGCAGUUUUACGAGGGAGCCCAGGGUGCACCCAAUGAUGAAGCUAAUAUGGAGCAACCCUUCGAGGAAAACGCUGCUUUAUUGAACCACCUGCUGGUGGACAGGCAUGCUCCACUGGUGCGUCCCAUCCCUGGACCUUCUUUGAGUGCCAUCGACUGGUCUGGAUCGGAUUGCGACUUGUCCUGGAUAUGUCUGCUGAUCUUCAUACUCGCCCUGUGUGUUGUCAUACCGCUUGUCUACGUCAUCUACCUGGCGGAGCAUCCGCAUCACAAUCACAGCGCCCAGUAGUUGGGUCAAUGCCUGCACCCGAAGUGAUCAUCAUUCCAAAUGUACCGGCAACUUCUCACCUGUCACACUCUCACUCUCUACAGAUCAGCCGGCCGCAUUAAAAAUGCGGUCCCAGGCAAUGGAAUUUAUUUUUAUACCUGAACGUAUAACUUUAUAUUGACUCUUGUCAAAAAUAAUAAGGGUUUGUGUACUGUACGUUUUUAAAUAACUACGAUUUGCGUGCUUCCAAGUUGCAUAUACUUAUUUAUGCUAAGCUUCACAUCACUCCUGGCAGCCAAAACUAAUUUUACGAUCCUAAGAUCCGAUUGUGUUGUGAAUAUCUGUAGCUCCCGCAAGAUAUUUUCUUUUCUAUAUGUUUUAUUGAGUACAAUUAUGUAACAUUUAAACUAGUACGGGUGAAGUGUAACAUUGUUCAACUGAAAUUGAAAACAGUUUAGCUUACGCCUAAAAAGUACAUAAUACAUAUCUUAGAGCUAAAUAAAUAGUAUCCAUGGAUAUAAGAAUAAUGUAAUAGUAAAUACGGACUACAAUUAAAAAUGGCGCACGUUGAGUGCCAAUUGAAGUUAA